AUGACGAAAAUUUCUCUGUUGCGUUACUCUUGCAAUAGUAUUCCCUUUAUCUCAUUUUCUGCUAUUACACGUAUUGGUUGGGCAAUUUCAAUUCGAGAUUAUUCUUCAUCUCAUAGCAAUACAUCCAUUCCGACAAAGGGUAAAUUUGGGGCAACAAGAAGGUUUGAUAACGUCAUGUGUUUAGAUAAUGCUGUGAGUCUCUUUAAUCGAAUGGUAAGAACGCAGCCUCUUCCUUCUGUUUUCGACUUCUCGAAAUUAUUAAAGUCUAUGGUAAAUAUGAAGCAUUACUCUGUUGUUGUUUCCCUUUUUGAAGAAAUGCGAAAAUUGCGUAUCCCAAUUAAUGGUUUCAUCUUGAAUAUUGUGAUUAACAGUUAUUGCCUAAUGCAUCGCUCUGACUGCGGAUUUUCGGUGUUAGCCAUUUACUUGAAGAGUGGAAUUUCAUUUGAUAUUGUGAUCUUUAGUACCUUAGUAAGGGGACUCUUUGCUGAAAAUAAGAUAAAAGAUGCAGUUACCUUGUUUAAAAAGUUGGUGAAAGAGAAUAUUUGUGAGCCUAAUGAAGUCAUGUAUUCGACCGUCAUGAAUGGGCUUAGCAAAAGGGGCCAUACUAAAAAAACUUUUGAUUUGCUUAGGGUAAUGGAACAAGGGAACAUUAAGCCCGAUCCGUACAUCUAUAGCAUUGUUAUACAUGCCUUAUGCAAAGAUAGAAUGGUAGAUGCUGCAAUUAAUCUUUUGAAUGAGAUGAAACAAAAAGGCAUCACUGCGGACAUUGUCACGUAUAAUUCAUUGAUUGAUGGUCUCUGUAAGUUUGGACAGUGGGAAAAGGUUAGGACUUUGCUCUCUGAAAUGGUAAAUUCGAAUAUUUAUCCAAAUGUGCACACCUUGACCAUAGUGACAGAUGGACUAUGCAAAGAGGGAAAAGUCGAAGAUGCUGAGGAGGUAAUGAGACACAUGAUUGGAAAAGGUGUAGAGCCAAAUAUAGUCACCUACAAUGUUAUAAUCGACGGAUAUUGCUUGCGCGGCCAAAUGGAUAGAGCAAGGAGAAUUUUUGAAUCGAUGAUAGAUAAGAGCAUUAAGCCUGACAUUGUUAGCUAUAGCACAUUAAUAAAUGGAUAUUGUAAGAACAAUAAAUUGGAUGAGGCCAUGGACUUAUUUCAUGAAAUUUCUCGAAAUGGAUUGAGAUCCGACAUUUUCACCUACAGUAUCAUUUUGAAAGGACUAUUUGAUGUUGGAAGAACUGACUUUGCGCAAAUUUUUUUUGUUGAGAUGCAAUCUACAGGGCUCAAACCUAAUUUUUGCACUAAUCUUAUUUUGCUCCGUGGUUAUUUUCAUAAUGGACUUGUCGAGAAAGCUAUGUCGCUAUUUCGUAAGUUGGAAAUACAGAGAGAAGAUACUGAUAUUGAAUUUUACAAUGUUGUAAUUAACGGAUUGUGCAAAAAUGGUCAGCUCGACAAAGCUCGUGCUAUUUUUGAGAAGCUUUCCUUAAUUAGAUUGUUUCCCGAUGUGAUAACAUACAAUACAAUUAUAAAUGGAUUUUGUCUAGAAGGAUUGUUAGAUGAUGCUAAAAAUAUGCUAAGAAAAAUGGAGGAGAAUGGUUGUUCGCCAAACAAUGGCACCUACAAUAUUAUUGUGCGAGGAUUUCUAAAGUUUAGCAAAAUAAGUGAAAUGACAACUUUUUUGAAGGAAAUGACCGAAAGGGACUUCUCAUUUGAUGCAAGUACUGUAGAGUUACUAAUAGAUGUUAUAGCGAAGGGUCCUUCUUUGCUUAACAUGAUACCACAGUUUCCCUUGGGAAAUAAGAAGUGA